AUGCGGGCAACAGAAGUCAUAAAGCGAGGGUUCUUCUUUGGCCUCGUGGCCAUCACUCUCCCAGUUGAAGCUUCACAGAGCUCGUCUUGCCGAUGUCUGCCAGGCGAUGAUUGCUGGCCGACAAUGCCUACGUGGGAUGUUUUCAAUCAGUCCGUCAAUGGUCGACUCAUAGCGACCGUGCCAUUGGGUACCCCCUGCCAUGCUCCGAACUAUAAUGAGGAAAAGUGCGGGUUCCUCAAAGAUGAAUGGCUUUUACCAGAUGAGCACUAUAAAACCUCAAGUUCGAUAAUGGCACCUUAUUUCGGCAGCUGCGAUCCCUUCUACCCUAGUUCCGAGCCUUGCGCGAUCGGGAAUCUUGUGCAGUACGCAGUCAACGUCUCCAAGCCGGAGCACAUUAUCAAGACAUUGGAUUUUGCAAAACAGCACAACAUCCGAUUCAUCGUUCGGAAUACCGGGCAUGAUUAUCAAGGAAAAUCUACGGGCGCAGGCGCUCUCGCUGUUUGGAUGCAUAAUCUCAAGGAUAUCGAGAUUAAAGACUGGAGUGACACGCACUACACUGGGAGGGUUGCUAAACUUGCAGCCGGUGUCCAGGGCAUUGAAGCAUUUGAGGCUGCUCACAAGCAAGGACUCCGUAUAGUGGGAGGCGAGUGCCCCAGCGUUGGACUGGCCGGUGGAUACAGUCAAGGGGGCGGGCAUUCUGCCUUGUCUUCGAGGUAUGGUCUCGGCGCGGAUCAGGUUCUUGAGUGGGAAGUUAUAGAUGGUACUGGAAGAUUCCUAGUUGUCAACCGUGAGCAGAAUACCGAUCUCUACUGGGCACUUACUGGCGGAGGUGGCGGGACUUACGGUAUUGUCUGGUCUAUGACUUCCAAAGCGCAUCCUGAUGGUGUUGUCUCUGGAUUGAACCUUACCUUUUCUGCUACCGAGAUCUCCACGGAGACGUUCUUCCAGGCCGUUGAGCUAUAUAAUGCUCACCUUCCCUCAAUAGUAGACGAAGGUAUUAUGAGUCUCAACUUUAUGACCAACACUUCUUUCACUAUCGCUCCUAUGACAGGGCCUGAUAUCCCUCUGAAGAAGCUCGAGAGUCUGUUCCAGCCAGUCCGUGAUGGAUUCGACAAACUGGGAAUCAAGUACACAUACCACUCAGAAGAGUUUGAUUCUUAUGUUGCUCAGUUCAAAUCACAACAAGCGCCAAUUGAGGUUGGCGUCGCUCAGUAUGGCGGCUGGCUUAUUCCCCGGUCGGUAGUCCAGGAGAAUAACUCUGGCUUGACCGAAUCUAUUCGAAGUGUGAUUAGCAACGGCGGGAUCUUCACUACAGUGGCCAUCAACGUGUCGAAACAGAUUAGCGGCGAUGUUCAUAACGCCGUCCUUCCUGCGUGGCGCGAUGCCAUUGCACAUGUCGUUUUGAGUACCGAUUGGGAAUGGAAUGAUCUCAAGUAUACUGUUGCAGCCCAGGAAAAGAUGACCAACGACUUUGUGCCAAGUCUGAUGAAAUUGGCUCCAGAUUCUGGUGCUUAUCUUAACGAGGGGGACUUCCGCCAGCCUGACUUCAAGUCUGCAUUUUAUGGCAAGAACUAUCAGACUUUGCGCCAAGUUAAAGCCAAGUAUGACCCGCAUAAUCUCUUCUACGGCCUGACUGCUGUCGGAUCUGAUGAGUGGACUGUCUCGUCUUGUGGACGCAUGUGCCCGGUCGUUUCCCACGACGAACUUUAA